AUGCCUCCAUCUAAAUUACAUUCUUGUAAAACUAAAACAUCAAAUCAAAAUAUCACUCAAUUCAAAUCAAUUGAUGAUACAGACACUUACAGUUGUCAUAGUAACACUGAUUCAAAAUCAUUUGAAUCGACAAAUUAUAAAAUACCAAAAUCUACUCAACUUUAUUAUCCAUUAAAACAUUGUAAAAUAACAAAUAAUAAUAAUAAUAAUAAUGAUAAUGAUUUAAUUUAUAAAACCAAUUUACAACAAGAUAAAUUAAAUAAUCAAAUUAAAUCACAAUUACAUACAUCUAUAACAAAAUUACCAAAAUCUAUGAUACAUAAACAAAUAAAAUUUAUGGAACAUGGAUCAGAAGGUGAUAAGAAAAAUACUACCGUAGCAACAAUAAAAAAUACAAUUUCAACAUCAAAACAAUCAGAAAACAAAAUGGUUACACAAACAUCACCUAUUUUAACAUCGAUAAAACAUGAUGAACAAUAUUUGAAAUCAACUUUAAUCAAUAAACCAAAACAUUCAUCACAAGUUCAGCUAACCAACACUAUCACUAAUCAUCAUAAUACAUUUGAUAAAACAUUGAAAAAGAAUUAUUUAGGUUAUAAUUUAGAUGAACACAACAUAAAACAAAUUAAUAGAUAUGCAAGUUUCAAAGAAACUGAUUUAACUCCUAAAUAUUUAGACAAUAUUAAAAGUGCAUCAAUAUCAGAUUUAAGUCAUUCCGGUUUAAGAAUUAAUCAUAAAAUUAUGAAUAAUAAUAAUAAUCAUAAUAAAUCAAUAGAAGUAUCACCUUUAUUGAGUAAAUCAUCAUCUGGAAUAAUCAAGACAGAAUUGAAUUCAUUCAGUGAUACAUCCAUUACACUGGAUCCUAUAAAUCAUCAUACUAAAAUAACAAUUAUUCGUGAAAAUAAUCAUAAUCAUGUAAAAAUGAAUUCAUAUCCAAAAUUACCAAUUACAACUAGAUCAGCUUGUAGAAAAGAUAUCCAAUUACAUAAUAAUAAUACUAAUAAUAGUAAUAUUCCAUCUUACAAAUCAUCAAUUAGUCAAUCUCCAUUAUCAAAUAUAUCUUGUGAAAGUUUACCAAAUGUAAAUAAUUCUAUCAUAAAACAAUUUAAUUCAUCAACAUUAUAUCUGAACAAUAAUGAUAAUAAUAAUUAUUAUUAUAAAAUGAAUGAUAUUACAUGGAAGAUUCCUGAUACAAUAGAACGAUAUAAUUCAAAUGAAGAGAUUGGGGUAGAUCUUUCAACUUCAGAAAAAAUUAUGCAAUAUACUACUAAUAAUACAACUACUACUAUUACUACUACUACAACAACAACAACAACUACUACUACUACUACUGCUACUAAUAGUAAUAAUAAUCAAUCAUAUAUAAGUAAAAUUGGUUUAUUGAAACAAUAUGGUCAUUAUAAAUCAACACCAAAUAUAAAUACAACAAUAAAAAAAUCAAGAACACCAAUAAAAUUAACAAAAGUUAAAGAAGAAUAUGUGACACAUAUAGCUAGACCAUUAAAACCGGAAUUCGGUUUGAAUCAUUAUAAUGCAUUCAGUGAACAAGAUUUAUCUGGGAGAAUGAUAAAAUUAAAUGAGAAAGAAAGCAAUCGAAGACAUAGUGAAUUGAAUUAUUUGCAUAGUCCAUAUGAUCAUUAUUCAUAUCAACAUAUAAAUCAAAAGAAAUUAAAUGGUAAUAUUGAUGAUCAUGUUGACAAUGUUCAAUUAACAACAUGGCGACAUAAUAGUUAUGACCGAAAUUUAGACAAGAAAUCAGAUGAGGAUCCUAUUCAACCAAUCAUUAUACAAAGACAUUAUGGUUCAAAUAAUUAUAUUUCAAGUAAACCUUUGGAUAAGAAUAACUUAUUAUGUUCUGAACACCAUAAUUAUCAAUCUAAUCAUUAUUAUACAAAAAAUUUACAUUCAGAAUCUUCAUCAGAUCAUUUUAAUGGUCAUUUAAGCUAUCAUCCAUCUGAAGAAUCAUUAUUAAAUGAUACAAAAGCAUUGAAUGGAUUUAAUAAUAAUCAUGAUUAUUGUAAUUAUUCACAAUCAUUAAAUCAUAAUUACAUAUAUAAUCAUUAUGAUAUUAAUAUUAAUAAUAAUAAUAAUAAUAAUCAAUAUGAUAUAUCAAAUGAAUUACGUAAUAACCAUGGUUACAGUUAUAAUAAUAUUUAUGAUAGUAUAAAUAAUAAUAAUAAUAAUCAAUAUUAUGAUUAUAAAGAAUCCACUGAUGAUUUACAUUCGAUUACACCGAAUCUAUUCCGAAAAUAUGAUUCUCAACAAUUAUAUCAUAGUAAUAAUACUAUAAAUGAUAAUAUUAGUAUGAUUACGGAUGGUUAUCAUUCAUAUAAUUAUCGAUGUAAUAAUAAUAAUAAUGAAAUAGUUAAUAAAACACGAACAUGGACAAAAACAGAUCUUGAUGUUGCGUAA